ACCGGCUUUAUUUUUUUUCUCUCAAUUUUUUAUGCGAAUUCACUUUUGUUGAAUAAUUUAAUUUAUAUCGCACACAGUUUAUCGCUUAUCUCCGUAUUUCUCGUACAUGAAUAAUUUUUUCAGACGAUUUCUCACGCCACUCGCUGCAACAUCCCGCAAAAUGUCUUCCAUCGGUAAAGCCAGAUACGACAACUACGCCCUUUAUCGCGUGCACAUCAAAACCGAAGCCCAAGUCAAGACGCUGCAAGAGCUCGAAGAGAAAAGCGACAGUUAUGUGUUCAUCGGGCACGCUCUUCGGCCCGACCAAAAGCUCGUAAUCAUGGUUUCAGCGCACAAAUUGGCCGAAAUUGAGGAAAUUAUCGCUCGUUAUGGCUUCGGCAAGGAAAUUUUGCAUCCGAAUAUUCAGGAAUUGAUUGACCAGGAAGCUGUUCGUGUCAAACCGGUUGAUACCAAGCCCGAAAACGUCGAUUGGAACAAUUAUUGGCAACUUGAUACGAUUAACAAGUGGCUGGAUUGGCUUGCGGCGAAACAUUCGUUCAUCACGACAGUCGAUUUGGGCGAAAGUUACGAGGGACAGACCGUAAAAGGUGUUAAAUUCGCGAAAAAUGACACCAAUCCAACGAUUUUUAUCGAAGCUGGCAUUCAUGCGAGAGAAUGGAUUAGUCCCGCGACAACUACUUUCAUCAUUAAUCAACUUGUCGAGUCGUCACGUCCCGAAGUGCAGGAAUUGGCAAACAACUUCAAUUGGUUCUUCUUUCCUGUUGUCAAUCCCGACGGAUAUCGUUAUACCUUCGAAAAAGAUCGACUUUGGCGCAAAAAUCGCAAACCCUACGGACUUUACUUGGGCGUCGAUCUCAAUCGAAACUUUGAUGCCAACUGGAACGGCACCGGUUCGAGCUCCGAUCCUUCGAGAUACGAUUUUUGCGGUGCGGGACCCUUUAGUGAGCCCGAAACUGCCAAUAUUGACAACUUUUUCAAGGCGCACGGCAAAAAAGAACGCAUAAAUACCUACAUUGCCCUGCACUCGUUCUCGCAAUUGAUGAUGUUUCCGUACGGGCACAAAACGGAAAAGCCGCCAAAUUACGACGACCUCAAGGCAAUUGGCGAAAAAGCGGUGGCAGCAAUCAAGGAAAAGCAUGGAAAGACGUACAUUUGUGGCAGCAGCAUCGAAACAAUUUAUCCCAGCUCCGGCGGCAGCAACGAUUGGGUUUAUGAGAAAGGUUUCGCGGACAUUUCGUACAUAAUUGAGUUGCGGGGACCAGCUGACAGCACGAAUAUGUUCAUUUUGCCGGCUGAUGAGAUCACGCCCGUGGGCGAGGAGAUUCUUGAAGCGUUUAUUGCGCUACUUAAAGAGGGAAAGGCUCGUGGUUACUAUAACUGAGUGUCGGUUAUGACCGAGUUUUAUCAUUUUUUUGUGGUUUUGAGGAAAUUUUAUCAAUAAAUUUACGAAAAAAGGCAUUUGAUCAACAAAAAACCGCAAAAUACUUGAAAUUAGCUUAAAAAUUGAUAAAAAAUCGUUUUUUUGUCAACAAAAAUUUAUAAAAAUAGAUCAAAUUUGAUGAUUUUUUAAAAAAUUUGAUUAAAAAAUUCCCAAAAUAUGUGAAAUUAGCUCAAAAAUUGAUAAAAAAUCAUCUUUUUGUCAACAAAAAUUUAUAAAAAUGAAUCAAAUUUGAUAAAUUUCUAAAUAAUUUUAUUUAAAAAAAAUACGAAAUACGUGAAA